AUGAUUAUAUGAUUUAUUAACAACAGUCAACAACAAUAAUUAACUACCUAUUAAGGGCAUCAAGGCGUUCGUGACUGCUAGAAAGUAUACCAGUAUUCCAGUCGUUUAUUGACUUUCGUGACCGUCUGUACUAUAUUCACUUACACCAUGAAUUUUAUUCCGAGGUUUGGAAAAAAUGUUAAAUUUGGAUUGUUCAACUUGACUAAAAAGUAUACUACCCCAAGUACCACUCCAACGAAUCCCCCGCCUACAAAUCCAAGUGCAACACCUUCAUUCAAUUCAAAUAUCAAGUAUCCACUAACAAAUACAAGAAAAAUCUUAUGUGUCUGGGCUAAACGAUAUCCGUCACUGAAAGAUGUUCCAGAUCAUGUCACACCUGAAGUAUGGAACAAAGUGCGUUCUAUUAUACGAAUCAAAGUGGCUAAUUAUACAAUGUUCUUUAUAAUAUUGGGUUGUAUUGCAAUGAUUAUUACUGGCAAGAGAGCUCGUGACCGCGGUGAGACAAUAAUGCAAAGAAACUUGGAUUGGCACCAAAAGUACUCUGAAGGAAAAGAAGACUCAAAGACUAUUGGCGUGUUUGGAAAAUAAGUAGUUUUAGAAAUAUUAAUAUUAUGUAUCCAUAUUAUUUAAUUGUUAUAUAAUGUUUUAUUUCUAUUAAUAGCUAUAGGUACAAGUUCAUUUUAUAAAAAAAAUGUACAGUUUUAGUUGUUUUUUUAUGUGUUCUUCAAGUUAAUAAAAUCAUAAAUAUAUUUUUUGAUCAAAAAUAACGAUAAUCAAUAAUUUACCUACUUUUACCAAUGCAAUAAUUACUUUUAUUUGAGUUGUUAAUUAUUGAAUAAUAAUAAUUAGUGUCCAAAGUUAAAUGUUUCAAUAGGUACCUAUUUAAAUUGGAGAUAAAUAUUUUUAAUAAUAACA